AUGGAUGAUGAAAAUGGAGAAACUAUUGAAAUCGAUAUGUCUAAUAAUUCUUGGACUUAUUUUGAUAAACAUACUGAUAGUAUCUUUACUAUAUUUAAACAUCCAAUUUUACCAUUGAUUGUUACUGGUGGUGGUGAUAAUACUGCUUACUUAUGGACUACUCACACUCAACCUCCAAAAUUUGUUGGAGAAUUGCAAGGUCAUAAAGAAUCAGUAAUUGCUGGUGGUUUCACUUCAAGUGGUGAAUUUGUCAUAACAGCUGAUAUGAAUGGAUUUAUUCAAGUUCAUAAGGCUAGUAAAGGUGGAGAAAAAUGGGUAAAAUUUGCUGAAUUAGAAGAAGUUGAAGAAGUUUUAUUUGUAACUGUUCAUCCUUCAUUACCAUAUUUUGCAUUUGGAGCUAAUGAUGGAUCUGUUUGGGUUUAUCAAAUUGAUAAAUCAUCUAAGAGUUUAGUUCAAAUAAUGUCUGGAUUCUCACAUUCUUUAGAAUGUAAUGGAGGUGUAUUCAUUGAAGGAAAUGAUGAAAAUGAUCUUUCAUUAGUAACUAUUUCUGAAGAUGGAACUAUUGUCAAUUGGAAUUGUUUUACUGGAACUGUUAAUUAUAAAUUACAACCUCAUGAUGAUUUUAAAGGAGUUGAAAGUCCUUGGGUUACAGUUAAAGUUCUUAAGAAUGUUGUUGCAGUUGGUGGUAGAGAUGGACAAUUAGCUAUAAUAAAUAAUGAUACUGGAAAAGUUGUGCAUGGUCUUAAAACAUUAGAAAAUGUUGAUGAUAUAAAUGAAUUAUCUAUAGAAGCUAUAAGUUGGUGUAAAGCUCCUGGUAAUAAUUUAUUAGCUAUUGGAUUAGUUUCAGGGGAUAUUUUAGUAUUUGAAACUUCUCAAUGGAGAUUACGUAGAACCAUUAGAGUUGAUGAUGCUAUAACUAAACUUGAAUUUGUUGAAGAAACUCCUGUAUUAGUUGGUUCAAGUAUGAAUGGUAAAAUUUAUAAAUGGGAUGCUAGAACUGGUGAAGAAUUAUUUGUUGGUGUUGGUCAUAAUAUGGGUGUUUUAGAUUUUGCUAUACUUGAACAUGGCAAACAACUUAUAACUGCUGGUGAUGAAGGUGUAUCAUUAGUAUUUAAAACUGAGAAUUGA